UUUAGCGACAAGAGGAACCGAGAAGACAUGUGGGCAGAUCCACGGGGGAAACUCUAAAUCGGGGCAUGGAAGGACUUUCAACAAUUUUUUUUAAAUCUGUUCCUUGUUUGUGAUUUCUGGUGCAGAUAGGGGGAAGUUGUUGGUGCUCAUUUUUAGUUUAAUUUUGUCUAAAGAUCCAGUUUAUGUAAAGAGAAUCACCUCAUGGCUAAUCAGUGGCGGGAGCCCGUCAUAUAGUGCCACAGUUUGGGGGUAACAUCUUGGAGCAGUAGUGGUCUCUCCGGGCCUGGUGUUAUUUUUUCUCGCGGAGGAGUAGCGCUGACAGACCACUAAUGGAACCGAUGGACUGGCUGGGUAACGAGGAGCUCCUGCGGUUCUUCCACCGUCACAAAACGGAAAUGUCAUGCAUAGAGAACCCGCACACGUUUCUCAGCCAGCUCAGGGACCACGACCUGGUCCCGGAUGACCAAUACAAGAAGGUGAUUCGUAUGAAGAGUAAAGACAACAUAAGGAAAGGUCUCUAUGGAAUUCUGGACUUGUUGGAGAAAGAACAACCAAAGAGGAUCAAAGAGUUCUGGAGCUGCGUCUUCAAGGACACCAUCCUGAACCAGUAUCCCAUCCUGCGACUUCUGCGCAACAGCCUCAAGGACGGGUCUUUUGACAUACCAGAGAGGGUGGGAACCGAACAGUCGGACGACGGGAAAAGGAAGGAGCUUUCAGAAAGUGAGGAGGGAGAGGAGAAGAAAGUGAAAUCAGUGAAAAAGAAAAGAAAACUGAGAAGAAGGAGCGCGAGCGAUGAGAAUGAGGAGGAGCCGGCCGGACCAUCAUCUCUGUCGACUCCCAGGAAAAAGUCCCAAAAAAUCUGCUACUCCUCUCCCCUGAAGAAGGGAGAAGAGAAUAACAUUUGGAGCUGGCCCAUCUAUAAGCUCCAGAUACCCGUGACUUGUGGACUCCAGUUGGGGACACUGGACAGAAACAGACUGGCUAAAGGGGAGAAGUGCAUUGUGGUCGGGAAAAAGUGGUUCACUCCCAACGAGUUUGAGAGGUUUGCGGGGAAAAUGAGUUCAAAGAAUUGGAAGGUGACCAUUCGAUGUGGGAACACCCCCCUAGGAAAACUUAUAAAGGAAGGUCAUAUAGAAGCAGCAAGGUACAAAGGAGGGUGUAAAAAGGCCAAGAAAUCACUGAUCCCAUCUGGUCAUGUAACCACAGACGUAGAAGAAAAGGAGGACAGCGACCUGGACGAGGAAGACCAGGCUUCGUCAUGCAGCAAAGAAAGUUCCCCAUCCUUUACAGACGAAGAGGGAGAGGAAGAGACCGAGGAGCAGCCGGAAGCCAGCAACGCCAGCGGCAGGAAGGUGUUCAGAGUCACAUGUGGACCUGUAGCGGGGACCUUACACAAGAAACGUUUCACGUCAGGGACUAAAGGGAAGUGUAUUCGUACUGAGACGAGCUGGAUGACCCCAGUGGAGUUCCUGAAUGAGGCCCUGAGUCAGAAGGAUGCCUCCUGGAAGAAAGACAUAAAGUGUGAAGGGGAGCCAAUCAGCGUCCUCAUAGAGGCAGACAUCUUGAGGAUCCACUCACUGCUGUGUAAGUGCCUACUGUGCAAACCAGAUGACGAAGAACUGGCGAAUCAGAAAAACGAUGACGAGUGUUGCAUCUGUAAAAGAGAAGAUGAAGAACAGUUGGUGGUGUGUGAUUGCUGCCCUCGCUCCUUCCACCAGAAAUGUCACCUGCCUCAUUUAGACGACGGCAUGUUAGGGGACGAAAGCGAGUGGUUGUGUACGUUCUGCAUAUCCAAAACCUAUCGAGGCUGUUUUUACUGGGAGGAGCUGGAAAGAGAAGCAGCCAUGUCGUGUGAAAUAUCCCAACGCAUGCUGCAAUGCCAGUAUCUCCUUCUGUGUCUGUGCAGUGCUGAUGAAGAACAAAUAUUUGGUACCAACCCAUGCCUCUAUUUUAACGACUACUCCUCCGCGAUCGAUACUCCGAUGUGGCUGGGUCACAUAGCAGACAAACUCCAGAAGCAACUCUACAAGACUGUUGGGGAGUUUGUGACCGACGUUGAUCUUAUUUUCUCUAACUGUGCUUUAUACAACCAGGACAAUGAUGAAUUCCUGGCCAUGGGCAACAGACUGAAGGAGUUAUUUGACAAAGAAUUUAAGAGUGUGUUCAACAUCAAUGAAUAGGCUGGUGGCGGAUUAACAGCGUUCUGUUGAAAAAAACUCAGUAGCAGCUGGGAAAAGGUUAAAAAUAUGUCAAUAUGCCUGUGGUAUAUAUCUUUAUGACAUAUCCCUCCUAUGUGGUUGAAAUAUCCCAAAAUAAAUGAUUCCUAUUCAGAAUCAUGUAAGUGACUUUACUUGAAUAAUGACAAGUGAUUUCAAUCUAUAAUUCUACUAAAAUGCAUUAAAAAAAGGAUUCUUCCCACUACUUAUUUUCUUUCAUAAAAGGCGCAGUACAAUAAAUAACCAAAGGUUUAACAUUUAAAUGUUUUUCUUCAAUACAAUUUUAUCAGAGUAUUCAUUUUUAAAAGUGAGAAUUGUUUUCCUGUAGGUUGCUCUUAACAUUGUUUUUAUUGCAAUGUUUCUAUUAUGGUAUUCCCCCAUAUGUGAGGAGGGUUUUUAAAUUAAUUUAUUGUAAAAGACUGAAGCAUUUUGAAUCGCGUAACUGUCCCUGCACAGAAUUUAAAGUACAAUCCAUUUGCACUUUCUCUCUUUCUGUCUCCAUCUCUGAUGUGUUGCUUGUGGAUGUGUUUUUUUAAAAUAAAAUAAUAGCUUGUGUACAUC